AUGGGAAUGCGAACUGGCUUAGAGGGAUGCAGUAUCCCAUUUGGAAAAGUGUUUAAGGCUCCCGUCAGCAUUCACUGGACAUUCAUCUUCAACUUUUUGUUUCAAGUCAUCUAUGCCAUCAUCAACCACACUUCUUCCUGGAAAUACAUUGUUAUGGUUGCCAUGAUUUGGGGGCCCUUUGCUCUUAUGGUUGUCUACGUUCACGAAGUCGGUCAUCUCUACGCCAACAAAAAAUACGGAGGAACCACCUACAAGGCAACCCUUUGGCCUUUAGGUGGCUUUUCCGAGUGUUACAUUGAACAAUGCACCUGUAUGCAAGAGUUUUUUGUUGCCCUCGCAGGCCCAGUGACGCACAUUCCACAAUUCUUCAUCUGGUUAAUCGUCAUGCUGGCUUCCUCCGACGUUGGGAUUGACUAUUACCAGCAGCCGUUUUCCUUUGCUGCCUUUGACGCCGGAGGUCCGGACGAUUUUUUUGCCGAGUUUGGAAAGCAAAUGUUGAACUUCAACUUGGUGCUCUUUGUUCUGAACCUCUUCAUUCCGGUGUAUCCUUUGGAUUCUGCUAGAAUGCUGGCUGCAGUUCUUGUUCAAUGCGGGUUGACGACAGAUAGAUCAUGUCUAGUUUUGAUCAUCUUUGGGUUUCUUCUUGGCUUGGGAUGUCUGAUCUAUGGAAUUAUGGGGAUUGUUGGAAGUUCUAACGACGGCAUCACCUAUCUACUCGCAGGACUGUUUCUGCUGUACACGAUUUAUGGAUUGUUUCAAUAUUACAAUCGGCGCAAGGUUACGAGCCACCCCCUAUUCGAUGCCGACUGUUACCGUGAGCGACGAACUUUUGUCGGUGGAUCAAAUGGAGUUUCUCGCAACUACACAAAUGGUCGUGCGACAGAUGCAGCCCCCCGCAGUCGAGCCGAUAUUGAAAAUGGAAAGAAAAGCCGACCGUCAACCUUUUUGCAAGACGAUGAAUUCAAACUGCGCAAGACAAAGGAAGUCAAGCAAAAGAGAGUCUCGGAUUCCAAGCCAAAGGUACCGUCGAAUAAGAAAAUGUCAUAUGGCAAGGCUUUGAAGAAAGCACAAAAGAUGAAGAUGGGGGAAUUGAAGAGGGAAUGCGAGCAGCGUGGAAUUUAUACAAACUCGUUUGUGGAAAAAGUUCAAUUCGAAGAGGCCUAUGCGAAGUCUUUCUCCAACAAAUAA